UCAAACCAUUUUACUAACCCUAACAAGAUUAAUUCACUAGAAAUCAUUUCUUAGAGGCCAAAUAAAAUAAAAUCGUCAUCAUUAUUUUUCAUCAUCAUUAUUUUUUUCACCCAUGUAAACACACACAAACACAUACACGCACAAACACACCAACAAAAUCUGAUUUUUUUUUUUUAAUUUUUUUAAAUUUUUUUGCACCAAUCCCAAUGCACCAACAUUCUGUUAUGUCCCCUCCUUGAUUCUGUUAAAAAACCCUCACGCGCAUUUGUUCAACCGCUUUUAGUUACACGCGCCUCACUCAAACAUAAACCCUCCUUAAACCCCUUUGCGCGUGUAACAAACUCGCAGUUUCAACCUUUCUCAAACACUUUCUCUCUCCAUUUUUCUUUCAUGUCCAAAAACCUCCCCCCACAAAACGAACUUUGAUUCCUUUUCAGCAUAAAAUCAUAAAUCCUCGUUUUUGGCCCAGAAUUGUAUUAAUCUUUGAUUUUCUUUUAUACAUUUUUUUUGGUUUUACUCUGUUUUUUCUGGUAAUUUCUACUCUAUUUUCGUUAAUUUCACCAUUUUCCCCCUUGUUUUUGAGCUUCGUUUUCAGAAUUUGAGUUUGAAUUUAUGAAUGUGAUUUCCAGUUUUAAGAUGGAGAUUGAAAUGGGAUCUAUUUUCAAGCUUGAUCGUCACUCUAACGCUAAACUUCCAGCUGCAUUGAGCUCAAUCAAAGCUGUUUUCGUGAAUCAUAAGAGUGAUGUUGAUGUAACAGUAGUAUUUCCGAGUAUUCAAUCUAUUGAAAGUUUCUUCAAAAAUCUGGGAAAAAACGGGUUAAUGCAGCCAAAUUUGGAUGAACAUUGUGUAAUGGGUUUGAAUUUGGCUAAGAAAUUACUCACCCAGAAUAUUCCAUUUGCUGAAUUUGUUGCUCAAAGAGGAAAUCGAAGUUUCUGGGUUCAUGACGUUCAUGAUGAUGAUGAUGAUGACGAUGAUGGCCAUCACCAAGCGUCGAAUGGUGGGUUGGAAAUCAAAUGGGAAAAGCGUCGUAGAACUACAACUUACGGAAGAGCAGAGCGUCAAAAAUCGAUGUCGACCGUACUGCCAUGUGAGCUCAAAGGAAAAGCUCCAAUGGCGGAUGAGGAAGAAGAAGAAAAAGAAGACGAUGAAGAUCAAGGCGAUGAAAAUGAAGAUGAGAAGGUUCCAGAAAAAUCAAGAGCUCUUCGAAAGCGAAAAUGUCGAUUUAAACGGGUGGGAUAUAGCGAGAAGAAGAAGAAGAUGCAGAUUAAGACAGUUCCUGAAAAAAAGAAGUUCAAAGAUUCCCAGCAUAGAUGGACUGUUGAAAGGUACAAGUUAGCAGAAAAGAACAUGUUAAAGAUCUUGAAGGAACAAGGGUCAGGACCCGGGAACCCGAUUUUACGGCCCGACUUGAGGUCCGAGGCCCGGAAACUGAUAGGCGAUACCGGGUUAUUGGAUCAUCUGCUUAAGCAUAUGGCAGGGAAGUUGGCUCCUGGUGGGAAGGAAAGGUUCAGACGCCGGCAUAACCCGGAAGGUGCAAUGGAGUAUUGGCUUGAGAGUGCUGAUUUGAUCGAGGCCCGGAAACAAGCCGGUGUUGUUGACCCGUAUUGGGUUCCGCCUCCGGGCUGGAAACCCGGGGAUUGCCCGAACCAAGACCCGGUCUGUGCAAUACAGCUAAAGGAACUUAAGGAUGAAAUUGCUGACAUGAAGAGAGAGAUGCAAAAGCUGGGAUGCAAGGGAAAAGUAACAAAUCAGGCAUUAAUUGAUGAUCCAAUAAGUUUGGAUGAAUCAAUAAAGUCACUAAAGGCAUCACAGGCUGAGCUAAUGAAGAGGAAAGACCUUAUUGAGAAAUUUUUGUUGGAAAUCUCCGACACCUUUUCUGGAAUGGAGGAAGAUAUAGGGAUGCUACAGGAAACAAUAGCAGAAGAAAAGGAGGGUGAACAUCAGCUCUUUGAAGAAGAAGCAAACAAGGGUAAAACAAAUGAUGCAGUAAACAAAGAUGAAAUCUUGGAGGACAAACAGGAACAAGAAAUGAUCACACAGUCCCAGAAAUUAAGGGCACUAUCCCUUAAAACAUCAUCAGAAACUACAGAAAACAAGGAAAACAGGAAACAAACUCUCAAAAGUAGUAGUUUCAGAAUCUGUAAACCUCAGGGAACAUUUCUUUGGCCUUCUCAAAUGGUGUCUUCUUCUUCUUCUGCAUCUUCCUCACAAGUUUUGGUUCACCUUGAAGAUCUUUUAGGGUACCCUACACCACCAUCUGUUUCUUCUUCAUCCUCUUGUAGGUCACCUAGGGUACCCUACAAGCCACUAUCACCGGUUCAAGUGAAAAGGCCAAUCGCGUCAAGGGCUGCUCUGACUCUGAACUUCUCUGUUGCUAACAUCAGAGGUUCUGCUACAAUUGACAGCAUUUGUAGUCCUACUGCUACUACUGUUACUGGGUGUAGUAGUGUUCAUUCUUUUGUUCCUGAUCUCAAUGAAAUCCCACACUCUUCCUACACUUGAUUAUGGGUAAUCCUUAUUAUCCUGGUUAGUUCAUUACCACACUCUUCCUAGACUUGAUUAAGGGUAAUCCUUUUCCGGGUUAGUUCAUUACAAGUUUACCACACUCUUCCUAGACUUGAUUAAGGGUAAUCCUUUUCCGGGUUAGUUUCAUUACCACACUCUUACUACACUUGAUUUAGGGUAAUUCUUAUUAUCCUGGUUAGUUCAUUACCAUGUUGGUUGUCAUGUUGGUAAAGAAAAAAAAGGUCCUAACUUUAGGUUAAAAAGUCAUUAAUUCACUAAUAAUGUCUUAGACAAUUGGUUAAGAUUUGAUUUUUGGAAAGAAAGAUGGUUUUAUACACCUAUUAUAUGAUUGUAGUUACAUACAUUUUUGGGGCUUGGAUUUGAACAAUCUGGGAAAUGUGGCUAGCUGGAAGUUGGCUGCUGGUGGAGCUGGUUGUUGUUCCUCCCGGUCGCGGUGGUUGGGGUGUCGUGGCGAGGCGGCUGGUGAUUCGGGGUUUGACCAAGAGGCCAUAGGCAGUUGAAGAGUUUUAUGUUGAUUUCAAGUUGUUAUAGUAUGAGAAACCUCAUUGUAUGAUCAACUCACUUGAAUGAAACUAUAGAAAUUGAAAUGAAAUAUAUACUUAUACUCCUUUGUGAUUAUGUUUAAUUUGAUCACAUUCUUCUUUCAUAAUCUAAAUCUAUUCUUAACAA